AUGUUCUCCGGCCAAAACUUUAUUCGAGGCUUUAUGUCGGAGCCUCUCUGGACGAAAGCCUUCUUGGAGCGAAACUUUGCCUGGCUAUUCUCCGUAUUCGGUUUUGUCACCAUCGUAGCGGGAUCAAUGCAGGUUGGUUUGGGAACCGACUCACUACGUGAGAGUGGAAAGUUCCAGAAUGCCUCGGUCGGUUUCACCGCUGCCAGCUUGAUUGGAGUCAUUGCAAGUGUUGUACUGGUGAGCUUGGUUUGGGGGUUCCUAACAGUAUAUCACGUCCUGCGGGCCAAGGAGAACUUGAAGAUUGUACGGAAAAGGAGACUUGAUAGGCAGAACAGCCGGAACAGUGUUUAA